AGAGACCUACGGAAGAUGGUAACGCUGGCGAUGGCGGCUGGGCCGGGGGCACGGCUGGGGCCGGCGUUUGCGCUGAGGUUGCUGGUGGUGGCUGUGCUGCAAACGGUGUCUGCCUUUGGGGCAGAGUUUUCAUCGGACGCUUGCAGAGAGUUAGGCUUCUCAAGCAACUUGCUCUGUAGCUCCUGUGAUCUUCUUGGACAGUUCAACCUUCUUCAGCUGGAUCCUGACUGUAGAGGAUGCUGUCAGGAAGAAGCACAAUUUGAAACCAAAAAGCUAUAUGCAGGAGCUAUUCUUGAAGUCUGUGGAUGAAAAUUGGGGAGGUUCCCACAAGUCCAAGCUUUUGUCAGAAGUGAUAAACCCAAACUAUUCAGAGGACUACAAAUCAAGUAUGUUCGUGGUUCAGACCCUGUACUAAAGCUUUUGGAUGACAAUGGGAACAUUGCUGAAGAACUAAGCAUCCUCAAAUGGAACACAGACAGUGUCGAAGAAUUUCUGAGUGAAAAGUUGGAACGUAUAUAAAUCUUGAUUAAAUUGUGUCCUAUCCAUUUGUUACCUUAUCAAAUGAAAUAUUACAAUACCUAGAAAAUAAUUUAGUUUUGCUUCCAUUCUUCAAUCAGUCUUUUACUGUGAGGCAUUAAACAUCUAAUUAAAAGUUGAAGUGGCAGCACAGCCUGUGACAUCUAAGGACAUGGCAAGUUUAACAAAAUUCAUGUUCUAUAAAUUUCCAUCCUCCUACAUUUUUUGAUACCACUAACAUAUGCUUUGUAAUAGACUUGUGAUGAAUUAUGUAAAUGAUAGCUUGAGAUCACUGGUCCAGCUUUAUGAGCAACAGGUUAUUAAAUUAGGGAGAUUAAUAAGGGAGAUGAUUACGACUGUGCCUCAUGUGCUCUGUGCUCUUUGAAAGUGAUGACAGUAAACUACAAAGCAAAUAAGGUAGACGGAGCCUCAACAGGUUGCUCGAGCCUCAGACUUUCUCAUAUAUUUUUAUUACUCAGCUUUCCUUUUAAUAGAAACGCUGUAGCAUAUAAUGAAUGAACUGCAUAAAAACUUUAUGGCUUUUUAUUGUGAAACAGAUUCAUGAUCUGUAAGAGUGAAAUAUUCACAGAUUUGCGUUAAUGAAGACUGCACAAGAAACCUUUUUGAGGAUUUGUGUGGCUCUAAUAGUUAGCAAAUUCUUGUGUUUUACAUUCUUACAGAAAGUCAUUUAAAAAUGCUUAUUUGUAAGACCAAAAUAUAAAUAAAAAGUUUCAAAAAUCUGAA